AUCGACGUAACAUAAUAAAAAUAUGAAUAUUGUUCAAGAAGUUGAAGUUCUCCAACAGGAAAUUGCAAACGGACCUCCAUUAUUUCCUCCCCCAAACGCAAAUGCUGUAGAGUUGUCCGAACAGUUUAGACGGAAUGAUACCCGCGCAAACAAACCCAUAAAUGGCCGUACGUUGUUAUAUCAUUUCAUUAGAAAUCAAACUCAGCAAACAUACAGUAGGUAUGCUAUUGAUAAGGUUACUGGAGAUUUAUGGCGAACUACGACUCGAAAUAAUAAAUUCGCUUAUUCUAACCUAAGUGAUCAAAUAAAUUCAAUCAACCGCAUCUAUACGGGUGAAUAGUGGCGGUAAUUAAAUCAUUGGACAUCGGUCAUUUUAAAAAAAUUAUGAACGUUUAACUAAAAAAAUAAGAUAAUAUAUGAUGGUCAUUUUAUACGAGAUAAUAUAAUUUUUAUAUUUUCAUUUUUGUUUUCUUUUACGAAUAUUUUCUUCGCUAGUUAAAUGUUUUGAUAAUAUUUAAUUAUAUAGAACGUUAGUUACAUUUAAUCUUUUUAGGAAUUGGCAAUUUUUGGCAUAAAAUCUGAAUGUGAAUUUUUUAUUCCUUACUGGUUAUGGAAUUUUCGGAAUUUUCUAGUAAAUAAAAAGAAUGAUAAAGAAUAAUUUUAUACAAUGAGUCUUUUUUCGUGUUAGAAUUUCCAUAAUUAAAAUUUUAUUGCGAAAUUUCCCGGGUU